AUGACUUCAGAAAAGAGAACCCUCCACCUUGUCGGCGUGGGCGUGACGCACUCGAUUGCCCCAGGGAUGCACAACCACAUCGCACAGUCCCUCAAUCUCCCCUGGACCUUUUAUGCCACCGAAUGUCCCACUGUUGAAGAUGUACUCAGCCUCGCAAAGAAGCCAACAACAGCUGGUCUGGUAGUGACGAUGCCGUACAAGAACUCCGUGAUGUCGCAGCUGGACCAGCUAGACGAUCUCGCGGCCAUGAUCGGUGCUUGUAACAAUGUCUAUUACACAAAUGACAAGCCAAGGCAGUUAUGUGGAACGAAUACCGACUGGAGGGGUAUCAGGGGCUGCUUAUUAGAAAAGGGCGAGGAGAGUCAACGCCCGUCCAAUGGAAACCCCGGGGCGGCAUUGAUUGUGGGUGCUGGAGGCGCGAGUCGGGCUGCUGUGUACGCACUGAGCGAGCAUCUCCACUGCCAAACGAUCUAUAUCCUCAACCGCGACGAGGAUGAGGUUCGAGAUCUUAUUCGCGAUGCGCGGAAACUGCCUAGGGUGCCCGAGAUAAUUCACAUCACGACAACGGAACAGGCAACAGGGCUGCAGACUUCACCGUAUUACAUUGUCGGCACGGUUCCGGAUUUUGAGCCGCAGACGCAGUCUGAGAAGAAUGUUGCUGCGAUAUUAGAGUGGUUUCUAUCUCAGCGGACCAAAGGGGUGUUGUUGGAUAUGUGCUUCAAGCCGCGGCGGACACGGAUGAUCAAGCUGGCGGAGUCGCUGGGGUGGCCCUGUGUUGAAGGCACGCAUGUUAUCGGAUAUCAGAUCGAGGAGCAGUGGCGACUAUGGGCUGGAGAAGAGCAGGUGGCCUCGUUGGAUAGGGAGGGGGCGUGGAAGGUGCUGCUCAAGGCUGCGGAGGAGAGUACAGCAAUUAACUAG